UGUAACGUUUACGUAAUGUUAGGUUUAAUUAUUUAUUAAAAACACACGUGGUAUUACAACAGCUUCUGACAAGAACGCAGAUGGAAUUUAAGAACAUUUUUACUGGCGUAUGUCGCUGUGACGAUUCGAGUGGGCAGGGUCAGCCGUGACUUUUCGUUAUUCUCUCAUUGGAUUGUGAAUUCAUCAGAGCUGAUCCUCACUAAAGAUCAGUCAACGCCUCAAUAAUUCACGCGCGGCUCGGUUAACGUGACGAUUGUGGAUAAGCGGAUCCGGGUGCAGCUUUCGUUAAAAAGCCUGACAUCGCCAGUGGAGCUGACAUUGCUUUCUUUACAGAUAACAUCGAGAAGCUUUCCUUUAUUUCGUCCUUUGGUGUGUUACCUGAGGUGGAUGUAUCGCCAGGUGCUCGUGCUCGCGGUGAUUGCCGCUUUUCUAUGCGGUUUUCCAGCAUCAUGCGCUCGUAAUUUAAAUUACAGACCCAUCAUCGGAAUUUUAGCCCAGGAAAACAUAGAGGACGACCCUCAUGCACAGGGCUCUUCUUAUAUAGCUGCAUCAUAUGUGAAGUACUUGGAGUCAGCUGGUGCCAGGGUUGUACCAAUUCACAUAAAUCGCACAGAGGAGGAGUAUGAAAAACUGUUCAACGCAAUAAAUGGUUUGCUGCUUCCUGGUGGGAAUGUGGACAUCGAAAAGUCUCAGUUUACCAGAGCGGCAAAGAUUUUCUAUGAACUUGCAAUAAAGGCUAAUGAUGCUUCGGAUUAUUUUCCGAUCUGGGGCACCUGCCAGGGCUUGCAGCAGCUCACGGUUCUGACCAGCAACAAGAACUUGUUGACCUUGACUGACACCAAAGCAGUCGCCCUGCCACUGACCUUCAGCCCAGGAGGUCAAAACAGCAGAUUGUUCAAGAAAUUUCCAAAGGAUGUUCUUCAGUCUCUGUCAGAAGAAAACAUCACGUCCAAUUUCCACAGCUGGAGCUUGUCCAUGCAGAAUUACAGUAGCAAUGCCAAGCUUAAGCGUUUUUAUCGAGUCCUGACAACAAACACAGAUGGCAAGAAGGAGUUCAUUUCCACCAUGGAGGCAUAUCGAUAUCCCUUCUAUGCUGUUCAAUGGCACCCAGAGAAAAGCCCAUAUGAGUGGAUUGAGAAAGCUGGUAUGGUGCACACGCUCUCAGCCAUCAAAGCCACUUUCUACACUGCCCACUUUUUUGUUUCUGAAGCAAUGAAAAACCAUCAUCGGUUUUCUUUGCAAAGUGAAGAAGAAAGAGCUCUGAUAUACAACUACCAGCCUGUCUUCAAAGGCCUGAACAGCAUCUUUCUUCAAAAUUACUACUUCGAUUGAGUGUUCACAGAAUUCAUUGUGGCAGAAAAAUGAUUUAUUUUUAGUUAUUGUUUUUUAUUUCUUUCCUCAAAGAAGUUUGCCAAAACUUGAUGUUUGGAUUGCAUAAUUGUAACAUUUAUGAUUCUGACUCACUUACGUAGCCCUUGAUUGUAGAUUCUGGAUGUAGAUGUGAAGUGUUAGAAUCAUCAUGACUGAAUGUAUUGUUGCAGUUAUAUCCAAUUCAGAAGUCAUAUUAUAUAAUAUGUAUCUUCUAGUGCCAUCAUUCAGAAGUUAAACAUUGUAAUGUUUCACAGGGUUCAGUAGCAUGACCGAUGCAAUGUUAAAAUGUUCUAUGACUUUGUCAAUUUGAGAGAAAAUAAAAUAUAGAUUUAAACUUUCAA